UUAGUGUUUGAAGAGGGGUUUGAAGAUUUUCUGCAGUGUUACUGUUGUUUUUAUAAAUUUCCGAUUUUUUUAAAAUCAAAUUAAGCCUCUUUUUCUUGUCGACUUUUUCUGUGAAGUGGUGCUAAAAUGUGUGAAAACACUCCAAAGGAUCCAUUAAAACCGGCACGCAAAUUGAAGUACUGCGCCGGAUGCGGAAACAAUACUGCCAUCUUCAGCGGCACGUUCGUUCCGGUACCCCGUGAUGACGAAGAAUGCUACGAAUGGAUGCUUCGGUUGGGGAUGAAACCUGACGAACCUGUACCCCGCUCGAGAAACUACUAUGUCUGCGAGGAUCAUUUCGAUCCCAAAUAUGAUUUCAUUCGGACCUCGCAGGGUGCACGGGUUCGAUUGGGGGUCCUACCUUGGCGAAACCUUCGAACCGGAACGCAUUCAUACCACGGACUAGAAACUGUAUCAAGACCGCAACUAUGCGAAUGCACCUGUUGCAAUCAUCUGAAGACACCAGUGACUACUCCGACAACUCCUCCUCCAAAAUUACAGUACCGUCCUGCAAACAUCAGGCCACGCCGACCCAUUGAACCGAAGGCAAUCCAAACGGAGCUCCCAACUGCAGCACCUGCAAUGAAUCACAAACCGGUGUCUCUGAAGGAGAUCAUCUGUCGACUAUGUUUCCAGAACAAAAGUCUCACGCCGCUGUUCUGCCUUGGACAACCCUUGAAUCCCAGCUUGCUAUCGAAGAUAUAUGCGACCACCGGAGUGAUGAUAAAUAUGAAAACCGACGCGGAAUCAUACAUCUGUGAGCUCUGUCAGACGCAGAUUGAGCGAAUGUAUGAGUUCCAAGCUCAAAUCCAAAACAACAACGACUGGAUUCUAUGGCUUGCCGGGGAGAAAAAAAGAAAGAAGCAUGCUUCCUAUGUCGCUAGAAAGGCGAAGAAUACCGCUCCACCGCCGGGAGAGGAUCAGUCGCAGAACGUCGAGAUCGAAAUUGAUCCAUUGGUGGAAGCCACUUCUUCGUUGCGACCGAUCAAGCGAAAAAAAGUGGACGAUCCUCCUCCGUGCGUGGAUGUAGAACAGGAGUCUGCUUGCCAGAAUAUAGCUGUAUUUCCUAAACCGAUCAAAACGGGACCCGAUCUGCCGGCAGAACUGCUGUCUAUCAGGGAACAGAAUCGACGGAUCAGACAAGAAAUGCAGCAGGAAUUCAAAGGCGUAAUGAAUAAGAUAAAGGAAAAGCAUAUUUGGCGUGGUGGGGAGGAGCUUUGAAUUAUUGUUCGUUUAACCCGGCCUAACGCGUUGAUAUGUUUUAGCGGUGACGGAUGAUAUAAGGUCGGCCAUGAAAUAAAAAUGUUGAAAUGCAAUUAUAAAUUUAUAAAAAAAAAAGUUUAUAGAUAUGCCAUAACGCUGGUUCUCAAUUCGUUAUGUCCAAAGAUGCUUUCAAAAGUGAGUACCUCGAAUGCCACUAAAAAGAUCUCUCCUUCGAGCCGGAUUUGAACCAGCGACCUAUGGAUUACUGCACAUUUUUAUCAACAGCUUUCCUUUCUACAGUCCACCGCUCUACCAACUGAGCUAUCGAAGGUGUGAUAUGCAGGUUGGCCGAUUGCGGCUGUGCCAAUGGGUGGAGAAGAAGAGGUCCCUUGGAGAUGGUAAUUGUUUAUUUCAAACGGAGAGUAGAGCCACAAUGAAGCAUGUGAAAAUAAAUGUAUAAUAAGAAUGUUA